AUGGAAGUCUUUGAUCUCGGGAACAACAAUCUGACUGGUGCAUUCCCUCAAUGGUUUAAUUCACUUCCAGAGUUGCAAGUUCUUGUAUUAAAAUCAAACAAAUUUCAUGGUUCUAUAGGCACUUCAGGAACUGUAACUCCUUGCCCUAAGCUUCGAAUUCUUGACCUUUCCCACAAUAAUUUCACUAGGCUUCUGCCGGAACCAUAUUUCCUCAAUUUCAAAGCUUUGAUGAAUGUUGAUAAAUCAAAACGGUUGGUGCAAUACAUUGGAGAUACCAUUUAUAGAGAUUCUGUGGAGUUGGUUCUGAAGGAUAAUGUAAUAGAAAUGAAGUAUAUCCUCACCGUCUUCGCAACAAUAGACUUGUCGUACAACAAUUUCCGAGGAGAGAUUCCAAAUGACAUUGGAAAGCUACAAGGACUUCGGUUGCUGAAUCUAUCUCAUAAUAACCUUUCCGGUCACCUUCCAUCAUUGUUAGGAAACCUUACAAUGUUGGAGUCAUUAGACCUCUUCAAAUCAACUCACUGGGAGAUUCCAGGGGUGCUAGUGAGUCUAACAUUUCUUGAAGUGUUUAACCUUUCGAAGAACCUUCUAGUUGGUUCCAAACUCAUGGAAACCAGUUUGAUACGUUUCAGAAUGAUUCUUAUGUUGGAAAUUUGGGAUUAUGCGGAUUACCGUUGUCAAAGAAAUGUGGAGAUAGUGAGGCACAACCACAGCCACCACACCCGAUACCCCAAGAUGAUAAUGAAGACAACAACUUUGCGAGUGGAUUUACCUGGAGGAUCGUUCUGA